AUAAAACUGGAUGUUUGUAGCGGCUUCGUCCAUUGCGCCGAUUUGCCAGGACGAGGCGCGAGUGAAAGUGGAGAUAGUUCUCUCUCUGUCGUGCAGCGAGUUGCGUAUAACUGCGGGCUCCUCAUUUGUCAACCUUUGCCAACACGGAUACCACUGGCGUAACCAUGCGCUGGUUGCUAUUCCUCUGCCUGGUGGUCGCAGUGAGUUGCCAGGAGGCAGCCAUGAAGGCCGAGGACGGGCAGGAAGCGGCCACGAAGGCCGAGGAUGGCCAGGGAGUGGCCACGAAGGCCGAGGGCGGACAAGAGAAGGGCAUCGUGGACUGGAUCAACAGCUGGCUCAGCAGUACCACCAGCACCACCACUGAGAAGCCUUCUAACGAGCCGCUUGUGGAAUGCCCUACGUGUCAGUGCGGCUUCACAAGAACCCGCCGGCGCAUAGUGGGCGGCAACGAGACCAAGAAAAAGGAGAUUCCGUGGAUAGUUGUCCUUUUGUACAACGGCAGGUUCUACUGCGGCGGAUCGCUAAUCAACGAUUUGUAUGUGCUCACGGCAGCGCAUUGCACCUCUGGUUUCCGCAAAGAGAAAAUGACAGUGCGUUUCUUAGAACACGAUCGUUCUGUUGUGAACGAAACAAAAACUAUUGACAGAAAAGUCGCACAAAUCAUUCGACAUUUGCGGUACAACCCUGGCAACUAUGACAACGAUAUUGCUAUGCUGAAGUUGAGCGAAAGGGUAGAUCUCAGCACAGCCCUGAAGCGUGUUCGAGUGGACGAAGUGGACAGUGAGGACGAGAACGACGUAGGCCUCCGCCCCGUGUGCCUGCCGCAGGCCGGCCUCACCUACAGCAACCAAACCGCCAUGGUCGCCGGCUGGGGCACUACCGAGGAGGGUGGCAGCGUCUCCAACACUUUGCAAGAGGUGAGAGUGCCCAUAAUCUCCAACGCGGAGUGCCGUAAGACGGCGUACAAGAACCGCAUCACAGAGAACAUGCUGUGUGCGGGGGAGAAGGAAGGGGGGCACGACGCCUGCCAGGGAGACUCCGGCGGACCUUUGCAUGUUCGUGACGCUACUACUGAGAAGCAUCACAUCGUUGGCGUGGUUUCCUGGGGCGAAGGGUGCGCGAGACCGGACAGGCCCGGCGUUUACAGCAGGGUCAAUCGAUACUUAACCUGGAUCAAGAGUAACACCAGAGACGCCUGCUACUGCCAGUAAAAUUACUGCAAAACUUACAAAUAUACCUAGUAUCACAUCGGCAUAAUGAAUUUUGCGUUUCUUGAUAAUAAAAACGGUAAAAUAGUUGUAGUAGAUUAUAAAGAAGCUUUUAUAUUAAUGCUAACAUGUAGCACCAAAGCGAUUACAGAGAUACUCAUAAAUGCCUGCAAAUAUAACCUUACGUACUCGUGGGUUUAUAUUCACAUUCACGCACUUUCGUUUCCGCACUUGGUCAUGCGAUUGGCCGCUGUGCGUAGGGUAGGCACUAUACGUAUCUAAUGUUCGGAGAGAUUGCGUUCCUGACAGAGAUUGCGUUCCUCGUCCUCCUUCAGGUCGUGAUCGAAUGGGACAAACAUAUUCAAUUACGAUUGUCUCAUUAUAACAAAGACAAACAGUUGGCAUAACCUUGAAACAGCAGUUCUACAACCUUGUACGCCAGUUCGAAGUUACAUUGCCCAUUCCAUCACGAAAUGUCAGAAACGCAAGCGGUCGAAAUAUGUAUGAAAUGUAAUAUUCCGUUUGCAAUAUAGGUUCCUACAUACUGAGUCCUCAGGGAGGCAGUGUAUUUUUUCAUCUAUGAAGUGCAUACCCACUGCAUAUUAUUGGCUGGGUCAACGAGGACACCCAACUGUAUACAAUAUAAGAGUCUAACAGAACAGAAUACACUUUUGUGUAAAGAUCUUUGCUUUUUUUAUUGUCAACGCAUGUUUCGAAUUGCAAUUGCAAAGAGAGCAAUAAAGACGAAAUUGAGACAGAUAGAGUUGAAAAGGUAUUGUUAUAAUAAUGCAGCAGAAAGAGAUCCUAAUUUUAGCUUCAAAUAUUCAAUUUUACCUACAAAUAUCAAUAAGUAAACUUAUAUAUAAGCUUGUAAUGACAUUUAUUAUCUUUGCCAUAAAAAUAAAACUGAUGAUGGUGCUUUGAAGGUUUUUUAAUGUCGCAGCCGUAGUUAGGUAGGUUACUGCUAAAGAAACCUUUUUAAAAAUGGUUUUUAAAUUGCUCCAAUUGUAGGGUCAACAAUGUAUUUAUUUCAGCAUUUAUGAAUUAAUUUAAGUGUAUUUAUUUUAAAAUUAAGAUUAUAAUUUAUGUCACAGGGUAACCUUGACUGAGUGUACUUAAAUAAAAUGAUUAUUUUUAAGAAA